AAAGAAUUGUGGAUAAAUCUUGCGUAACAGUUUAAAGUUAGCGAUUUGUAGUUUGAAUUGCCCGCCGUUGAGAAAGAUGUCACAGGGAACGGAAGCACUGGUCUUUUUCGUAUAAAAGGAACUUAAUAUGGCGCCUUUUUCUGCAUGAUUCUGUUGGUGCAAUGUGUUGAACGAUUUUCGUGCAAAGGAUUUAUGAAUCGUAAUAUAAAGAAAGUACAACGAGACGGGAGAUACGAUAUAAAAGUUUAGAACGACGGGUGUUUAGACUACACGAAGAAGUAAUAACAUAUAUUGUUAUCCAAAAGUAUAUUCGUAGAUUAAAAUGCCAGUCGUACCAGGAGGAAUGUAUCAACAGGGUCCCUCGUGUUGGGACAGGAUGAAAAUGGGUUUUAUGAUUGGUUUCUGUGUUGGUAUGGCAUCCGGUGCCCUAUUUGGAGGAUUUUCUGCGCUUAGAUACGGAUUAAGAGGGAGGGAACUGAUCAACAAUGUUGGGAAAGUGAUGCUUCAAGGUGGUGGAACUUUUGGUACAUUCAUGGCCAUUGGAACUGGGAUACGAUGCUAGUACUUGAAAACUGUUAUGUUCAAACUUUAGGACACAAAGGAUUGUAAUGAUUUCUUUUUCCUGGAAUGUUCAGCCCAAAACUUAAGUGACGAAUCUUGUGGGUCAUAUUGAAUUGAGUUGAUCUGUAUGGCUGAACGUCGUGCACUGUGUACAAUAUUAAAAGUAUUAUAAUGCUACUAGAUAGUAUGC